AUGGUUCAGGUGCGUGCUAGAAAUUUGUGGAAAGAAAUGCUUGAAAUGAAAACUGGUGAGAAGCAUUUGACAGCUUUACGUGUCACUCGUGCAGCCAAUGGUAUUGCAGACGUGAUCAAGGGACGUCGACGACGCCAAGAUCAGGAUCUAUGUUGUACAUGUCAACGUGGACCACCUGGACCACCUGGUGAACCAGGACCUGAUGGUGUGGACGGUAUUGAUGGUGUUAUUGGUGAAAUUGGAUUGCCAGGAACACAAGCAAUGUCACCACCAGAAUGGGAUCAGCGAUUCCCACAACAAUGUCCAUGCGAUUCUCCAGCAGGUCCUUUAGGUAGUCCAGGACCACGUGGACCACAAGGACCUCAAGGAGAUGCAGGAACACCAGGUAUUGAUGGAGCACCGGGUGAGCCUGGACAACAAGGACCACCAGGGCCACCAGGACGAAAUGGUAGUCCUGGAAUGAAAGGCUCUCCAGGUAUGCCAGGGAGACAGGUACCAGGUAGUGAAGGACCACCUGGACCACCAGGAUUAACAGGAAGGCCAGGAAAUGCUGGGCCACGUGGACCACCAGGAAUACCUGGUGAAAUUGGAGAACCAGGAACAGGAGGUGAAGUUGGUCCUCAAGGACCACCAGGACAACCAGGACCAGCAGGACAACAAGGGUCACCAGGACUUCCGGGUGAGGAAGGACAGAAAGGACGCUGUGAUCAUUGUCCUCCUGCUCGAUUGGCUCCCGGUUAUUAAAAGCAGAUUACAAUCCCAAUUAUUCAUUCGCUUUCACUACAUUUCUAUCUGUUGUAACGAUCAGCGAUAAAGAUUUAAUAAAGAAUUAGAUAUGGC